AUGCUAGAAUCUGUGCAGAGACUAUGGAAGGACUUUUUUGGAACAGGAAAUGAUGGCAGGAAACGUGAAUAUGGAUCGCUCAAUGAAAUAAGAAGAAGAUCUGCAUUAAAGAGUAAACGAAAGCAUAUACGGUCCACGGGAAAAAGCCUGUUAAAGAGACCGAGAAAGGCACCAGUUAGAAAUGAUCAGGAAAUUCUUAAUAGUGGAAGAAGGAGGACUCCUAAGCGGAGGCUUUCUAGGAUUUUCCAGACAAUCAAAGAUGUUUUUUCUAAUGAUCAUGAGAAUAUGAAUAAGAUGCAAAAUAUUUGUGGGGACAUGACAAGAAUUUUGAAGAAGCCUUCUCAAGGACGGCCUUCGUAUUUGGAUACUGAUGCGGCAAAAUCGAGGAUUUUAAGGAGUGAUGCUUUCAAAAGAAAAUUAUCAGAGUUAAAAUAUAAUAAGCAACGAAUUAGUGAGUUGAGAAAUAUAAGUGCUGAUGCAUCAUGUGGAAAUGAUGCGAAUCAAUCACUCUAUUUAGAUAGAGAAAUGCUUUUACAACGGCAAAUCAAGAAAAGAGAUGAGAAAAUAAGAUCUCUGGAAAUUAAACUACAAUCAUUACAGGAUGAAUUAAAUUACUCGAAUGAGAAAUAUAGGAUUUUGGAAAAUCUACUAGAUUCUUCAAACAUCGAUCCAUCAUACACAAAAUCUAGAAGGGCCAUUUCGAAUCUAGUAAAGGAAAAUGAUCAGAUUAAACCUUUAAAGAUUGACCUUUCACCGUCUCCAAUACGAAGAACGAAUUCGCUAUUCACUUCAAGCCCCAUGAAAACAUACACAAGAGACAAAAACAUACCAGAAAUGCAACCACUACAUGAAAGCAUAUCCCCUGAUUCCCCAACACCACCUCAUCGCUCAAGAGAAAUUGAAAAGGCGGAUGAAACACUUUCGCCGAUCUCGGUAGAUUUUUCGAGUUAUUUAUCGUAA